AAAACAGCCCGGGUCCCCCACCGGGUUCACACUCCUUCCUCUCAGCAGGCCGCACCCUCACGAGUCACGACGUCUCGUCUCGUCUCCUGCGCGCUUCCGUUGCAACUCCGCAGCACCACACCAUUAACGUAACGCACUCAACAAAGGAGAGAUCUUUCCGCGGUCUCCUCCAAUCCUCCUCGCCAUGCUAAGGAGGUCCCGCCACGGCGGGGUCCGUCUCGGCCGGAAGCUGCUCGGCCUGUGGCGGCGGGCGCUCUGCGGCCGGUGCCGGCGCCGGGGAGGCUACCGCCGCCUGCAGCAGCAGCAGCCGCAGGAGCAGCCCGGCGACUCCACGCCCGAGCGCGCCGCGAGGAAGCUCGCGCCGGUGCUGCGGUGGGGCCGGUCGCUGGCGCGGCGUCUGAGCCGCCUCGGUUGGAGGGCCGGCGGGCACCGGAUGCUGGGCGACGGCUGCGGCGGCGGGCAGGCGGUGACCACGCCCAAGGGGCAGGUGGCCGUGUACGUCGGCGGCGGCGGGGAGGCGUCGCCGUCGCUGCGGUACGUGGUCCCCGUGGUGUACUUCAACCACCCCAUGUUCGGCGAGCUGCUCAGGGAGGCCGAGGAGGAGUUCGGGUUCCAGCACCCCGGCGUCAUCACCAUCCCCUGCCCCGCCGCGCGGUUCGAGCAGGCCGCCGCCCUGGCCGCCGCGGGGAAGAAGGGCUUCGGCAGGUGGUAGGCAGGGCGGGCACUAGUCCUUAGGUGGGGAGAGGGAGGCCCCUGACCGCCGCAGGCCGGCCGGCGGCGGAGGCGGAUGGUGUACAUAUGUGUUUCCAUCAGAAGUUCAGAAUGGGGCUGCUUUUAAUCUUUGCAUUCUUGGUCCUGUUUAACUGAUGCAUCCCACCCGGUUCUCUUGUUCGUCGAUGCUUAAAAUUCUUGGUCCUGGAAUACGCC